UCAGUGUCCUGGAUUAAAUUCCAAACCUCUCUUAUUGUCUCAUUAACUGAAGAUAUCACUGUUGACAUCGAUCCAUCCAUCAGAUUGGGACGUUAAGCAUAGCAGCCCCUUUGUCCUCUUCUAGAGGAGUAGGCUAUGUGAUGGCACCAGGUUUCACCCUAUCCCUUCUUCCAUCAUUAUCAUAAAACACAAAUAUAACACUAUGCUGUACACAAAUCCAUUAUACUCUCCUGCACUUUACAAAUACACAUAUGGGACACCUCUUACAUAUCUGCAAGGAAAGGGGCCAAUAUGUGUUGAGGAAGAACACCCUUUCCACUAGUCAGGUAAACCCACCCUGUGGGAUUUCCCAGCCAACAAUACCAUACAACAUUUUACAUUAAAUUCAUUCCCAAAACAGCCCAAAUAGUCUACCCAUUAAAUCAGCUCAGAGAAAAGACAAUAACUUUGAGUGGCUGGUGAUCUGCUAGCAGCUUAUUCUACAUCUUGAAAAGUUUCUGCUUGGCCUCGUUUGCACCAAGCAAGCAUCUUACACAUAGCGCCAAUACCUCCCACCAUGAAAUGAGGGCAGAGCUAUCAUGUAAGAGUGUGAUGGCACGAGGCAACUGAUUACUAUUUAAGUCAAAAAUGUUAUCAGUGGUUUACAUGAGCUAUUUUCCAAUACAGAAAGAGGAAUUAGCUAUAGUACACAGCUCCGCAAAACUUGGGGAAGAAAUAGGUAAAGUAAUGUAACAUAUUAACUAAUUGGUGGAAAUGAAUGAAAGUUUGGGAGCAUUUUUCUAGAGGUCUCCCAGUCAUGCAAAAUAAAUCGGACAUCACACAAUGUGAGAUCAGGUAACUAUAUCGCCAAAUGGGACUGACCCCACAACACGAGGCAGUUGAAGAAAUGGGAAAAGACAGCAUGUUUCAAUCAGUGACCAGUUACAGGAGCAUUGUGGUGGUGUUCUUCAUUUCAGCAUGUUCCAGAGACAACAUCCGGAUGACUUCAAAUGGCUGAACCAUCUAUUGCUGGAGGCAACAGAAACACUCAGUCGGCUAAACCAUUAAUUGUAGGUGGCAGUAGAGCUCAAAUAGGAGAGAUUCCGUGGCAAGUGUCAAUACACGAAAACAAUAGACAUCUAUGUGGUGGCUCUAUUUUGGACUCUGAAUGGGUGCUGACAGCGGCACAUUGCUUUCUGGACAACGACCCUAGUCUAUACCUUGUAAAAGCUGGUUUUAUUGACCAAAACAAUCCUGGCAGUACACUGCAAAAUUCCAGUGUUACAAAAAUCAUCACACAUGAGGGAUACAUCAUGAAUGAAUUGCCAUACGAUAUUGCACUGAUGAAACUGAGCACUCCUUUCACACUAAAUAGCUAUGUAUCUGCUAUUUCACUUCCAACUAGCUCUGCUUUCAUAGCACAAGGCAUAGCAACAGAUAGUGGCUGGGGUGCAACUGAAGAGGAUGGAGCACCUUCUCGAUAUCUGUAUAAAGUACAGGUACCAAUAAUGACAUCAGAUAUGUGCCUAGAGUAUUACGGUGAAGAUUUUGAUACAAACAUCCUACUGUGUGCUGGUUACCCUGAUGGAGGGAAGGAUUCUUGCCAGGGAGACUCGGGUGGGCCAAUGACAUGUAGUGAGUCUGGUUCAACAACUCCUCUUCUCUGUGGUAUAAUAGCAGCAGGACAGGGAUGUGGAAGGAAGGACUACCCAGGAAUUUAUACUGCUGUUGCUGCAUACCUCAGCUGGAUUGCAAACAAUAAAAACUGAAACACACUAAUACUGCA